AUGCUGGCGUCUCAAAAGAACGAAAUCACAACGAUGAUUCACGCAGAAAACGGUGACAUGAUCCAAUGGCUGACCGAGAAGCUUGAAACAAAAGGAAUGGUCGCUCCUCAUUACCAUGCCUUAUCGCGGCCUCCUGUAGUCGAGAUGGAAGCCACGAAUCGGGCAAUCGCUUUGGCAGGUUUGAUCAAGAACCCCAUACUAUUUGUCCAUAUCGGCCCUCCUCUUGCCGCAAGCAAUGUACGCCACGCGCAGACCCAGGGAAUGCCUGUCUAUGCCGAAACCUGCCCACAGUAUCUAAAUCUGACCUACGAUGAUCUUCAAAAAUCCCACUCGCCGACCUGUUUCGAGAAUAGCAAGCACGUCUGCUCGCCGUCGCCCCCUCCUGGAACCUCUGAUCACGAUGAGCUAUACAUGCGAAGUGGUCUGCAGAACGGCACAUUCACAAUCUUUUCAUCUGAUCACUGUCCAUUCCGUUAUGAUCAUCCGCAUGGUAAGCCAAGCGGAGUGCUUGAAGACCACGUCAGUAUGGAAGGCGAACAGGCAUGUGAAGGUGAAGCGCUACAGAACUUGGUUUCUCGCAAGUCUGGUGCUUUCCGAUUCAUCCCAAAUGGUAUUCCUGGAGUCGAAACAAGACUGCCUUUGUUAUACACAGGUGGGCUAGCAACUGGAAGAAUAACUCCCCAGAAAUUUGUCGAAAUUUCGUCCACGAAUCCCGCGAAGCUGUACGGGCUCUAUCCAAAGAAAGGAGCACUGAUGCCUGGACCAGAUGCCGAUAUCGUGAUCUGGCAUCCUGACAAGCAGUUCGAGCCGUUCUCGCUUACCAACACAAUGCUCCAUCACAACGUAGAUUGUAAGUUCUUUUUUCGCCUUGUGGCAAUAAGAUUAACGAAAUCAGAUACCCCGUAUGAAGGGAAAAAAUUUGUCAACUGGCCACGCUACACUAUUCUCAGGGGCAAGGUAAUCUGGGCUCAUGGCGAGCUCAAAGGCAAGCCAUACGACGGUGAAUAUCUCAGACGCGGUCCUAGCUACUUCGGGACCGGGUUGAAAAGCUGUCGCACGGAUUCCAGGAGGACUGCGACAUGGCUUUGA